AAGGCCUAAUUACAAAAGGGGAGCAAGAGAGAGAAAGAGGAGAGAGAAACGGGAAUAAUCCCACUCACUGCUAGUAAAAGAAAUCAGAAAAAAAAAAAAUCUAUUAUAGCUUUCUCUUUCAUUGUCUUUGUGCUUUCUCUAUCACUUGGUCUGUCUGUUAUUAGUGUUUUUUGGUUUUUAAUCCUUUGGUGGGUUGAGACUUUUGAAGUGUUGUUGGUGUCUUUUGAAACUAGCUAGCUCUGUAUAUUUUCUUCUUGGUGGUGCUUUUGAGGGUUUCUAUCAAUUCCUUUUUUUUAAUAUAUAUAUAUAUAUAUAUAUAUAUAUAUAUAUAUCUGAGUAGUUUUUGAUUUUGGGGCUACAGCAGCUUGUUCUGUUUUUUUUUUUUUUGAUGAUUCGAAGAUGUGGGUGUUCAAAUUUUCUUGAUUUGCUUGUUUUGUUUUGGUUUUAAGUUGAAGAUUUGGGUUUUUUUUUUUAAAUAUUUGUGGUGUGUAUAAUCUCUACAACUCCAGGAUAUUUUUGUCAUUUCCAGUGAGGUUUUCUUCUACCUUCUUCCUCAUUUCUGGUGUCAAAUCUGAAUAGUGAAGCUGAUUUUCCAUUGUUGGUAUUUUAAAAAAAAAAAUGGAGGGUUAUUCAAGGAAGGUUGAGAGCAGUCCUCAGUUGCUAGAUUUGAUGAUACCUAAAGACAGAGAGUGGCUAGUGCAAAGAGAUGAUGAACAGAGAAAAAACAGGCAUGGAUGUUCAGAGGAGAAAAAGCUUGAGCUAAGGCUGGGCCCACCAGGGCAUGAUGAAGAGUGGGUCAUCAAAGAAAGAGAUGUUCUCUCUGUUGGCUACUUCUCUAACAUGUCCUCCUCUAUCACUUCUGGUGCAAAGAGAGGGUUCAUGGACACAGUUGAUCAUCAUCACACAAGCCAAAUCACCCAAGAAAUGAAGCAUCACACAAAGGGUACUGGUCAAUUUAUUCAUCAAUACCCAUCAACCCAACAAACCUUGCCUGUGAUGGCAAAGGAAUCAUCACAGCCCUGUUGCCCUAAAGUGGUGGUAGACUUGCAGCAGCAGCAGCAGCAGAGGAGUAAUGCAGAAAAGGAGGCAUUUUCACCACCACCUUCUGCUGUUAAUACAGCUGUGACCAACAUCUCUCAGAAAAGAACUGCUCCUGCUCCUGCUCCUGCUCCGGCUCCUGCUCCGGUUGUGGGAUGGCCUCCAAUUCGUUCAUUUAGGAAGAAUCUUGCAAGCAGCAGCUCUUCAAAACCUCACCCGGCAUCACAAAAUGAGGAACCAAGCAAGGUUGCGAGCGAAAAACCGGUGGAAAGUUGCCGAAAGGGUAUGUUUGUGAAGAUCAAUAUGGAUGGAGUCCCUAUUGGAAGAAAAGUGGAUCUCAAGGCCUAUGACAGCUAUGAAAAACUGUCCUCUGCUGUUGAUGAACUCUUCAGAGGCCUUCUUGCAGCCCAAAGAGAUUCCUGUGCCAAUGGAAUCCAGAAGAAGCAAGGGGGAGAGGAAGCCAUAAUUGGUUCAUGUGAUGGAAGUGGGGAAUAUACCCUUGUUUAUGAGGAUAAUGAAGGAGACAAGUUGCUGGUUGGGGAUGUGCCAUGGCACAUGUUUGUAUCUACAGUGAAAAGGCUGCGUGUGUUGAAAAGUUCGGAACUUCCAAUGCUAUGCGGUAAGUUCACUUAG